AGAUCUCUCUCCUGUCAGCUACUGUACACUGCUUUGUAUGGCUCUGUGUAGCACAGCCAUGCAAAGCUUAGUGCUUGCAGUUGAAAGCACACACAGCACGAAGUAAAACAACGCACAGUUAACCCUUUUUUUGACCCAGAUGUUAACCCCUUCCUGCCUAGUGCCAUUAGUACAAGUUUCAGUGCUUUUUAUUAGCACUGAUCAUUGUAUUGGUGUCACUGGGGAUGUCAGUGACACCAAGUCAGUUCCCCCCCAGUGCCAGAAUGCCAGCGGCAGUCCUGCUAUAAGUCGCUGAUCACCGCCAUUACUAGUAGAAAUUAUAUAUACACCGCCAUUUGUAAAUGCUAUAAACUUUCACGUAAACCAAUUAAUUUA